GUCGCCAUUCGCCUCUGGAACAGGGCGGGGAGUACAGUCACCGAUCGACUUUACAAUAUACCUACGCGUAUUUUCGUUGGAACAUCGUUUACUGACUCGAACGCGAGUGAUAUAGUGAAAUAAUCUAGUGUUUCAGUGUUAGUUCCAGCUGUUUGUGUUAUUAUUUGUGCAUAAUGGUGGGUUUGUGGUGAAAAACGUGAAAGGAUUUUAGGGUAACAAUGUCUAGCAGUUGACAUGUUUAUCUGUGUCGUGUGUGAAGAUUUUCCCUUCGCGUGAGUUGUGUGUGUGUGCGUGCUGGCGCUGUGUGCGUCGCCGUGGACACGAGUCGCGAGGAUUCCAAUGAUGGAUUGCUUUUCCAUGGACGUAUAGGAUGUAAAAUACAACGUCCAUCCAUCAAUGUCCGUAACAUUCAUCUGACCACUGCGGACAAUGCGGUCACAAGCAUCAAAAGUCUUACCCAGGAAAGGAGCUUUGAACAAAACAACAUUCAAAGCAACCUCGACCCCAAAACGAAUAAAGAAAAAGGUAUCCCCGAAAAAAGGUAAAACUAUCGCAAGCAAGACUUUAACCAAGGCUUCCAAAAAGAAUCGGAUAAAAGAAUGUAACGAUGAUGUUGCUAGUAGUAAAAAUGAUGGAGAAUCUAGUUUGAGUGAAAAGAGCGACUCACAGUCCGACAGCUCUAAGGCUGGCACGUCGAAAUCUAGUUCUGCUCGAAGUGAUUCACCAUCAAAAAAAUUCAAAAAAGAACCCAAACAGAAAGAAGAUGCGCUUAAAAGUCCGCCCGAAACAAAACUGAAAACUGUCAAAAAAUCAGUAAAAUCAAAGAAGGUUAAAAAUAUUAAACCUAUCGCUAAACCCAACGAACAAGAUAAUGAUGAUAUAAAGUACAAAAUAAAUUUAGACGUUGUUAAGAAAACACCAAAAUUUUCAAAAGCAAAAACUCUCAUUAAAAAAACCGGCAAUCAGAAAAAAAAUAAGUUGGUAAAGAAGGCGAAACCAAAACAAAUUAUUCAAAAAGAAGAAUUAGAUGAAAAGGAAGAAACAAAAUCUGAGAAGAGUGGCUCAAAACCUGAAGUAAGUGUUGAUAAAAAAUGUUCUUAUAUAAAAGAAGAAAUUCCUUUACAAACUAAAGAAGAAGAAAAUGAUGUCAAGUUAGAUCUAAAAGAUGGGGGUGCUGUUGCUAUUAAUAUAUCAGGAUCUGAUAGUUCAUCAACGCUAAAUAUUACUUCACCUACUAUACCAGGAACACCAAAAGCUGAAACUGAAAGGCCACCAAAAUUUUUUACUUCUGCUAGAUCACCCAGAACAGUUGACAUAGACGUGAAAUGUUGUAAAAAUUCAAAAGGUAAUUUAAGUGUGUCAGAAAGAUUUUUGUCUAUGAAACUCGAAACAAAAACUGAGGACACUAACAAAGAUAAAAGUGUGAGCAAUGCUCUAGUUUCUCAAGGACCUGAUAUUGAUGUGUAUACAUUUACAGAAAAAGUGGAUUCACCAAAAAGUAUAUUAACCGAUUUUCGGAAUCCAAUAAAUAAAAAUGUGGGUCGAGUUAGGCCCAUAGCGCGAGUUAAAGGUACUAUAAUUGAUAAAAAAACCGAUGUAGAGAAGAAAAAAUUUUCUCCACAUAGACCUAUUGAAGAGGUAGUCAAACAACUUAAAGCAAAUAAACGAUCAGAAGACCUAUCCUCUGGUGAUAGCUUAUUGGCAAUUACGACAUCUAACCUGGAAAAUAAUGUUCUCAAUCAGCAAAGAAAUGAAGAUGAAGUACCAAAACCUAUAGUCAGCAAAUCUUAUAAAAUGGUAGCUAGAAAAUCUAGCAUAACGGGAAAACCAUUUAGUCCAACAAAAUUCUUAGAGCAAGAUGAUUCCUCUAGUAAAAGUGAAAAAUCCGACAAAACAGUAUCUUCUGUUAAAAAAUCCCCCAGUAAAUCCAAAAAGCAACUGAAAAAAUGUACUCUAUCAGAUGAAGAAAUAGAUACCUCUAAGUUUGCUUUAAAUACAAAAACUUCACACUAUACGUCUUCCGAUGAGAGCAUUAGUGAAUCUAAUGAUGACAUUGACGCCAAAGAAUCCUCAGAAUCAGAUACCCCUAAAACUAAGAAAAUUAAAAAUAAAAAGUAUAAGAAAACUGAUUCAAAGACAUCUAAAGAAUUAAAAGAACUUUCUAAAGAUUCUCAUGGUCCACUGAGAGAUCAAGCAAUGUUACUGGGUGAAAAACCCAGCAAGAGGAGACUGAAACUUUUGUCUAUGUGGUCCGGACCUAAAAAACAUAGAAUGGCAUCGCUUAACGCUAUUGCUAAGGUUCACUGUUUGUAUGAGAAUGAAAGUCGAACGCACAUGGAGUUAGGAUUAAUGAAAACCAUAGACAGGCAAAUUCUUCCAAGCACAUCAAAAACUUCUGCUACAAAAAAGAAAGAUUCCAAGCCUAAAGAAAUGGAACAACAGGAAAGUACAUCAGAGUCUGAAUAUGAAAAUAAACAAGCCAAAAAGGAUGAAAGCUCUGAAAGUUCUGAUGAUAGUCCUCCACAGAGAUCUCUGAGAGGGGUUCCUGGAAUCAGAAGUGCUGGUAAAUAUUGGGAUCCUAAAUCUUCAACAUCAUCAAGCGAAGAUAGCGAAAUGGAAACUAAAAAGAAAGUUACAGAUAAAAAGAAAACAGUAUCCAAAUCUACUACUAAGUCAUCGGAUUCAGAAAAACCUCCAGCUAAAAUGAAAAAGACGGCUGGAGUACCUAUUAAAAAGAAACGAAACAGAAAUGAAGUUGUGAUGGAUCUGAAGGAUAUGGUGGUACAAAAGCGCAUGGCUAGUUUGAAUGCAACAGCUAUUCUAGCUGCUAGUUAUGAGAAAAGAUCCCCAAAAUCGAAUAAAGAUGAAACGACAUCAGAUUCUUGCAGCGAUGAAUCUUUUUCACAGAAGUCAAAAAACGGGGUUACUUCCGGCGUUAAGUCGGAAGCAAAAACAGAGGAACCAAAAAAAGAAAUUGACGAGCAAGUUGCUGAUCGGAAGCAGAAAGUGGAAGUGAUAGUGAAUCAGGAUACAGAUGUGACGAUCACUGGGGUGUACUCGACGCACCACGAGGGGUUCUGUACCGCCAUGCAAUAUAGAAUCUCUUCGACCAGUCACACACAAACUACUGCUACAGCCAACUGUGAAAAGGAGGGCUGUUCCCGAGAUGACGGCGCGCGGUACACCCCGCUGUCCGCGCUGUCGUCCAUGCAGCCACCGGCGGAACAUUCGCACCCCCAUCCUCAUCCAGUGGCUGAGCUGCGGCGAGCUGCAGGCUGCAGCAGUGCAUUCUCCGCGCCCUCUCCGUCUGCACAUCACGAACCAGGAUAUUACCAGCCGGCCGGGCCGCUGAUCAAAGAAAGUGGUGCCGAGGCAGAUCGUGCGCUUGCGCGGUACCAUCCGCCGCCGCACUACCACGCGCCACAUCCACCUGUCCUGCAGCAAUACGGUGGCUAUUACCCGGCGGAGCUAUGCUACGGACGGUACUACAGACCUCCAGGGCCUUACCACAUGCCGCCCCCACAGCCCGAUGCCCAGAUGGUAGGCGUCGGCAGCGAGCCGUACCCCCCGCCGCAGUACUUCGGAACCCCGCCGUGUUACCAACACUCACCGCAGAGGAUACCAUACGUGGAAUACAGGCAAUGCCCAUGCCCCUUGAACACGUGUCCAAAAAACGUCCUUAUUGGGCCCGCUACUGGUAAAGCCCCAGCCGGUGGCGGCCCAGCCGACGUCUCUGCGCUUGCGCCGCCCGGGGGCGCCUUCCGAGCGAAGGUGCGGGCGUGCGCGCUCGACGUGCCCGACACGCACGGUAGCGGGAAGGACCCGCCGUUAGAGCCUGAACCACCGGCUGCAGCGGACGCCCCGCGGCCGUGCCCGCUGCCAGCCAUCGGCGGCGCGUCGCCCAAACGGGAGCUGUACGAGGCUCGCGAUAUACGGCGCUGCGACAUGCCCGGCCCCGCCGAGGCGCUGGGUCCGCCCUCCCCCGCCCGGGGCUCCGCCGGCGUCUGCGCCCCCCAGCCCCCGCCCGUGGCCCCGCGCCGCGCACGUCUCGGCAAAGACAUGGCGCGCCGGUCCCUCGCCGGAGACGACACCGCUGGCCUCCUAUUGACAGCACCGCAACCCUCAGCCCAUAACAGCGACGCUGACGAUGAUGUUUUAGAAAUAUCCCCUCCUCUCUGCGCACCCAUUGACCUAUCAUCCUCCGACGAAAGAUCAACUCCUCUUGUUGACAUCAAAAAAGAAAAUGAGGGUCCUACCAACGCUUUAUCACGAAAGCCCGAUGCGCUGGCGCUGAGGGAACACAACUGCACGGCGGUCUUAGAGACACUGGAAGCCGCUGAUGCUGCUAAAGCUGUGAAGCGGCGAUAUUCGAGACCUAAGUUAGAGAUAGAUAUGAAGGAUACCCAGUUAGAAGAAAGCUGUAAAACAAAUGGCAUCGGGGAACACGUGAAGUUGCAAAAACGGAGAAAAGUGUCUGGAGAACAGACUGACGUUCGAACGGAAACAAUUACCAAGGAACCCAAAAAGAGAGCGUCUCCAAUCAAGAGGACACCUAAAACUCCGACGACAGAGAAGAAAACAGUGAAACGAAAAUUAGAAAGUACAACAAAUGGUCCUAGAGCGAAGAAACUCCUCUUGGAACAGGUGGAAGAAGAUCCGAGACUGAAGAAUGUAGCAGCUGUACCGGAGGAACCGUUACAUGUGAAACCGAAAACGAAAAGUGCACUUCUCCUUGAUAAUUUAAUAAGAAAAAACAGUAUCGAUAGGGCUGAUUCAAAAGGAUACGCUUCAGAUACUGAACUGAAUCCUGCAGAAUUGUUCCUACCAAAUCCGAAUGAGAAUAUCGUGCAGAAUUGUAGUAAAAAAACAUUGAAUAUCAACAACAACGUUGUUGUUGAGACUGCUACCUCCAACGGCGUCCGGCCGAACACGAUUGCGGCCGUGAGUCAACUCCUAGGAAAGAAGCUAGCGUACAAGAGCGCGAAAGUAGACAAAAUAGAUUCUAAGAUAACGCACAAUUCAAAAUCAGUAUUAAAGUCGCCCACCGCAAAAGCGAACCUCAAGGAGGAUCGGAAAGCAGUAACUAAGUGCUCCAUUGCAGAAAAACCCAGUGCUAUUGUUACAACGGACUCUGUGGAUUCAUCCAUGCCUAGUAUCAGUGAUAGUAUAAAAAACACAAGUGAUGACAAUGCUGCAGUCGAUAGUAGUCUCAUAGACAAAGUCAAGGCUAAAGUUUCCAAGUCAUCAAAGAAAACGGAAACUAUACAAGAAAUUGAAGUCACCGUCGAGGGUCGAGUAGUAGAGAGUAUAGAAAGGCGAGAUAGUGAUGCUAAAGAUUUUGACGAUGAGGAAGAGAAACCUGCGGAUAUUGCAAAAAUAGAGCGACAGAAACGUUGCAAAUUAACUGGGGAACAGAAGAGUAAAAAUGUGGAAAAGGUGGUGAAGUUGUUAGUAUCGAAGAGGCCAGCGAUAAAAACGGACGAUGCCGUGUUGGUUGCUGAAGACGCGUGUGCGAGUCCUAGUCCGCUGAGCGGGGGGAACGCUCGGCGCGCGCGGCGCCGGCGACACAGCGCGCAUGCGCGGCGCGCGCGCCGGCUGCCGCUGCCGCCCUGUCUGCCGGCGCUGGAGGACCGGCCGCCGCCCCGCUGGAGCAAUGGAUGGAGCUUCGACGGAGAUCAUUAUAUAUCCAAAGUCUACCUCAAUAAUGACUCCCGGCUAGACCGCACGGCGCGGUGCUGGUCGCGCAUGACGCACGCGAGCGGCGACAGCGUGUCGCGCGGCGACUGCGUGCUGCUGCGCGCCUCGCUGGCGCGCGCGCAGCCCUUCGUCGCCAGGGUCGCCAGUCUGUGGGAGAACCCGGAUGACGGAGAGAUGAUGGUGUCGCUGGUGUGGUACUACCGGCCUGAGCACACGGACCACGGCAGACAGCCGGCGGACGCGCCGGACGAGGUGUUCGCGUCGCGGCACCGCGACGCCAACUCCGUGGCCUGCAUCGAAGACAAGUGCUAUGUGCUCAGAUAUAACGAGUACUGCCGCUACAGGAAACGGCUAAAAGCAACGGAAGAAGGUAUCAAAGUGGCGCCCUCUAUCGUGCCGCCGAUGCCGGCCAGCGAGAUGAGCGCGGCCCUGGCGCCCAAUGACUCCAAACUACCCGCCACCGUCUCCCCCGAGCUCGUCCUCUUCUGCCGCAAGGUCUACGACUUCCGAUCCAAAAAGAUUUACGUCCCAAACAAGUGAAUCGAAAAUAAAAAACAAAAUCUGGAUAACUACUCGAACAAACAUCUGUCACGGACAGCGGAUUUGAAAAUAGAAUGAACACCAAACGUGUCAUCGGCGGAUGGAUAUUUGAUACCGAUGGUGCAGUCGGUUAUAUAAAAGUCGUAGUGUCACCCAAACCCUAAAUUAGUACAAAGUUCCCGGGUAUGAGACGUAAUGUGUGACCGGUGGCCAUUUUAUGUAAACUGUAAUUUGUGUUUAGUGAUCGCCGAUUGAACAGUUACGUUGCUUGUGUCGUGAUUUCAUAGUAGAUAUUCUUUUCUUGUCAAGAUUACAAAUGAUUUGCUGUAAUUUGAUUUCGAUGAUGAAUAAUUUGUAUCAAAGGAUGCCUUUUAUAAUGUGUAAGUAGGUUAAGAGAAUCAUGUCGGGUGGAGAAGCAUAAUUACUUAUGUAAAGCAAUAUGUAUACUAUACAUAUACUUGCUUCGUAAAGCUAUGUCUUAGUUGUCAUUUCGGUAGAAGCGUCGAGAAAGUGUGUCUGAUGCGUUUCUGAGUGGCUGGUAUGAUUUAUUUAACAAUUAAGUUUCUAUUUGGCUACGUGAAAAGGCAUUUAUAAUUACAAUUAUUUUUAAUUGUUACAUUGUUAUCAAAGUAGAGUCUAUAUUAAAUUAUUCUUUUAUUACGUAAGAGUAUUAAAUUAUGCAAACAGCAUCAAUAUCGUGAAGCACGGGGCCUAGUCUCCAAAAUUUUAUGGAGGAAAUUUUUGAUCAUUUUUAUGUAACCAGAGAUCAUUAAUAUGUAUUUUAAUAUCUUGAUUGUAUUUGCCUCACAAGUGUGAAUCGUUUGAUAAAAAUAAUUGUUAGUAGUCGCGAGAUUCUCUUAGCUUCUCUGACCCUAUAGAGCCCCUGUCUACGUUUAGAUAAUCAUGCGCUUAAUACCUGUGCAUUCAGUCAAUAUAUCAAUGGUAGGUUUUUGAACGUUUAUAUGUAUUAUGUAUGAUAAUGUCGAGGAUAAUAAACUUUACACCCUGCCUUCGAAGGAAUUGAUUUAUUGCAUUUCGGCCUGUACUGUAAUUUCAUUCUAUGAAAUUGUCAUAAUGAUCUUGUCUCAGUACUUUUCGGGAAGACUGAUUUUGCGAAGGUGGAGCAUUUUGAGUUGAAUUUUCUGUACCCAGUCAAUUUGAAAAUGAAGAAAUCAAUUUUGUUUGACGUAAGAGAUUCAAUGGUUUACACUUAUUGAAAAAAUAACAAAGGGAACAUUUAACAUAUUUUAAAUGUAAUAUUAGAGCAUAGAUGUAAAACACUUGGGUGUUGGAUGAAGAGAUAUAUUGUAUGACUCUAAUAGUGAAAUCUCUUUAUUAUCAUUAGAACCAUAAUUUUUAAGUAGCGGGAAAAAUUGAAAUGGAGAAUAUAUUUAAAGUUAAUUCCCGCGUGGAAAAUAGAGGGCAUUUAUAUGUUUGCAAUUUGUCUUUCAGUAGAACUUUUACCUUCACUAUUCUAUUUCUUACAAUGUAUCUCUCAAUUUCGUUGUCUGUCUUUUAGUUGACACUUUUUUGUAAAUACAUACUUUUUGUUUUUAGCAUUUUUAAUGCUACAUUGUUAUCUUACCAGUGAGAUACAAUACUGCAAAUUCAUGUUGUUUGAGACAACAGAUCUAAUCGUUAAAGUUCGAACUUUAUGAAGAUGCAGAAAAUCAUUAAAACAGAAAGUUAGUACCUAAUGAUGAUUUUUUUUUAAAACGCCGGCCAUAUAAAUACAAUUUGCUCAGUAAUAUGGAAUACAACAACUUCAAAUUUGUAAUUUCAGAAGAAUUUCAAUUUGUAAAUCAGAAAUUUGGCUGGUGUAUAAAAAAAUCAUUUAUAUUUUGACGCAAAUCGCUUCUAUACAAUUGCAGAAUAUAAAUAUCUGGUAACUGCCAAUUAGAAUAUCGCUCACAAUUCACUCGAGAUACCUAUUCGUAGGAUGGUCACGUGUAAACCAUCUACUUAGGUAUCUAUGUAUGUAUGUCGAUAUAUGUAUAUCGUGUUCUUGUAGGAAAACAUGUGAAUUUUUGUGUUUCCCGUAUAAUCAAAUGGUGAUUCGACAUAAUGUGUUGUCGAGUGAUAUAUUGUAAAUUCGGAGUGGCAGUUCAAUUGCGUUAAAUAAUAACAUAAAAUCUACAAAUCAUCACAAUCUCACUGGUCAUCUAUUCCAAAGCUUGAGUUCUUAACUAUUUUUCUUUUCCAUUGCUUGAUGCCAAAAAUUUAGCAGCAAAAGAUUCUAUUAUUCUGUAACUGUGUAAAACCAUUUCCCUUCUAUUUAGGUUAUACGAGUGGCGACUGCCUCUGCACACUUCAAAAUAUAUGUUUCAUAUGUUUAUCUACUGCCUAGUAUCUAGGUGAAAAGAAUCUCCCUUAUUUCAAUGACAUUACAGUUGAUUACUGCCUCAAUUAGCUCUGUUAUAGCUUUCGAAACACGAGGUGCGCGAGCGCAGUCCAGGAUGCCGUUUCUGCUAACAUUAAUAUCGCGUCUAAAAAGUCGUUCUUAUUGAAAUAAAAAUUACUAUAGAAAUGCGACAUUGACUUUCACAAAGUCACCCUGUUGCCUCGAUACAUUCUCUAUUUUCACUAUCAUUCAUGACGGCCAAGAAAUUAAGCUUGGUAUACUAACAAUAUAUAGGUACUAGGUAAUUGUUAGUAUUUCACUCUGCCAUAUAGAACCGUGGCCGUUUGACAGCAGAGCCCCAAUGAUAGUAUUAAUAAUAAAAAAACUACAAACAUCCUAUUAACGUUUUUUUAAGUAUUUAUAGUUUUUAUAUUUAUGGGUUUUAUAAUAGGUAUAAAUUUUCGAGUGAUGUACAAUGUGCAGGUGAGGUCGCCACUACUACUCAUUAUUAAUUAAUUAUAGAAUUAAUGAGUAAAUUCCAUAAUAAUAUUACUAUAAGUGAGCUCUCCUUGCUUGUAGGUGGAUUGUUUUAAAGAAUGUUACCUGGUAUUCCGCAGAUGCAAACUUCUUGUAGUCAAUGAUUUUUAGAAAUAGGUUUUACUAAUAAGAAAAAAAAUACCUUGUUUUUAUUAUUUAUUUUGUUUCAAUUGAAAUUAUAUAGGUAUAUUUUUAUUAUUGUAACCUACAUAGUUAUGUUGGCUGUAAUUGAAUAUUGAUGUAAUUAAUAUAUGUAUUUUUAUUUCAA